UCAACAGUGAGCAGCGCUGCCAGAAGUACAGGGAGAAUACAGAGGCUGAUGGAUGACUUCCCUGCACACAUUUGACAGAUUUGUCAGGCAGCGACGAUUAUACAAAAUAAAGUUUUGUGUGGUUCGGUAGUACCUUGGUCUGCCUGGUGCAUCAGUGCGGCGGAUCAUCCGAGAUCGUUCAACGCCGUUGUUUGAUGCACGCCUGCACUUACCCUCGCCCAAACAAGGGGGGAGACGCGUAAUCUGAAAGAGCAGCCUGAACGACAAUACCGGGGGGUUUAUGAAAGACAGUGAUGCACGAUCCUGACACACAUGACUGGGACUAAAACUCUAGGGUUAUCAUUUCUGGAGGCAGCCAUCAACGUGACGAGGGACAGCUUGGAGUGGUGACUCAGCGAAUUGACCGAAUCGUGAGUUUCCUCGCCGGCCCACGAGAGCCCUGCCCCAGUGUGUGUGUGAGGAGAGAGAGCCCCAGCAGCCACCAUGCCCAUCCUGAAGCAGCUCGUGUCGGGCUCGUCGCAGACCAAACGCCGCUCGCGUAUGGACCUGACCCGGGAGAUGAUCAGCUCCCCGCUGGGCGACUUCCGCCACACCAUGCACGUGGGCCGCAGCGGCGACGCCUUCGGAGACACCUCCUUCCUCAGCACCCGCUCCGGGGAGCCCCCCCGCGAGGCGCAGGCCUACCCUCACUCGCCCCGCCCGGGCCUGCUGUCCCGCACCUUCCGGAGCAGCAAGCGCUCCCAAUCCGUCACCAGGGUGGACCAGCCCUCCGGUGGCUCGCCCACCUACGUCAAGAACGCCAUGUCCCUGCCCUUCCUCAACGACGAGGACGGCGACCGAGUGGAGGGGGGCAGGGUCCCCAAGAGCCUGUCCUCCAGCCCGCUGAAGCAGCCCAACGACCUGGAUGGACGGCCCUCCAACGGGGCGGCCGGCGCCCGCUCCCUGGAGCUGGACGAGAGGAGCUUCGGGGAGCUGACGGACCUGCCCGGCUUCAUGCAGCCCUACGGAGGGGGCAUGAAGAAGGCCGAGUCGGUCAUGUCCUUCCACAUCGACCUGGGCCCCUCCAUGCUGGGGGACAUCCUGGGGGUGAUGGAGAAGGAGGACGACGACCUGGGCUACGAGGAGGGCGGGAACAGCGAGGGCCGCGUCUCGCCGCCCCCCGGCGCCCACGGCGACGGGGAGGACGUCACGGAGGUCGGAGGGGAGGAGGAGGAGGAGGAGAAGGAAGAGGUGGAGGAUAGAGGAGAGGAACGGGAGGAGGAGGGAGUGGAGGAGAAGGAGGAGGAGGAGGAGGUGGUUGAGGUCGAGUCGCAGCAGUCCUCGGAGCGCCCCCCCAGCUCAGUGGAUCUGGAGCGGGAAAACGGCGGUCCCUACACCCCAGAGUACACGCCGGAACUCCAGCCCAAACGCCUGCUCCACCUGGACAGCUGCUCCGUAUCCAGCUCUGGAUCUGCCGCCGCCGCGGACGACAAGCCGGACGGCCAGGCCCGGGGAGGGGACACGGAUAGCGCCGCCUUCAGCGUCCCCCCGGAGGAAGAGAGCAACUUCUCCUCCUUCAUGGAGGACGAGGAUGACGAGAUCCGCGUAUGAGUUCCGUCGAAGCGCCGUCCCAGCCCAGGGUCGCAAUGGUCGGACAUGUUCACCGGAAUGAAUCGGCUGCCGUGUUUCCGUGGGAGUACAAGUGCGUUGGGCAAGGAGGGGACGCGAAGGGCCUGGUGUGCCUGCCGAGAGAAUCCGCGGCACGGUUCUGUCUGCAAACACCAUCCGUCAUCCUUCUCCCAGUCCUCCGAUCCGCACACUGAGGGAGCUGACACGGAGGACCAAAUGUUGUUAGUUUAAUAUGGAACAUUCCGGAAUGUUGGGACGAGCGGGAGGGGAAAUAAAAGACUUGGGGGGGUGGGGGGGGGCACUUUGUCCACUGUCACCAUAAUAUUGUUGUGUCACAAAUGACUAUUGCUCUAUAACUCUCUUUUCCUUUUAUGUCUUCUUCCUCUUCUUCUGUUAUCUUUGCCGGCUGAGGGCACUGCGAGGGCCAAUACGGCGUGUUGGAGUGUUCCGUCUCUGGCUCGAACAGAGCAGUAUGUCCCGACGAUGGGGCGUGUCACAAUAAAGAGGCCUGUCUCUCUACUGGGUCCAGCUGUGCUGCCCGUAGCAUCCUUCGCCACACGCUCACCAAGUACCAGAACAGAGAGCCGUGAAUCGCUGUCCCAAGCCCCGUCCAUACCAGCUGACAUUGUUUCAUGACACAACGUUAGCUGUGUUUGUACCACAGCUCAGCCCCAACCGUUUCCUGCCAUAAAAAAGGGAGCCUGGAGCCAGGAGACAUGUUUACCCGAACGGAGGACUUAACUACUCCGUCUAAUACUAGGUGUUGAUCAGGAUCGGUCUGGCUCUUAGCCGUAGCAGAUAGAUUGCGGUUAGGACUGUAAACCUUUGUGGGGAAUGCGGGAAGCUGGAGAGCAGUGCCUGUGUAUACACACCAGACUUAAGAGGAGGACGUGUGAGAGGGGGCUUCCAAAGGGUUAGUGUGUGCUCCAACUUCCUCUUUCUCUCACCUGCAGGUCACUCCCUUUUUAAAUCGCCCUAAUUCAGAAGAAACAGAAACGCAUCGAUCCUGGAUGAUUGUUUCUGCACGACUUGGUUGUCGUAGAUAUGUUUUGGCUGCAUAUCGGUUGUCUUGUAAUGCAGACCCAGAUGACACUCUGAUGCUGUCUGAUGCUAACCACAUCCUUCCUAACUGACAACUGGCUUUAAACAUGCACUGUGGUGCAGCUGUUUCUGGUGUUUCAACUCCAGAGUCGCUAAUUCUAAGUCGAGUAGUAUUGCUAGCUCUAUAACUUUUCACACGUGAAAAAACAAAUGGCUACAGAUGGGGAUGGCCACAGGUGUCCAGGUCGCCAGGAAGCACUGCUACAGCAGACACUAAUAUACGAAAUAGCUAAUGAUAUGUCAUGAAGGAAGAAAACAAAAGUGUCAUGUCUUAACGUGCGUUUUAGAAAAAGGGCUACCUAAAAACAAGGAUUUUUUGGUCGAAUGAUUUGCCCACAUUUGCAUUAAGAAGGAUGUUAGUGAUGUGUGGCGUUCAUUUCCUUAUCUGUGUGCUAUCCUUCUCUCGGAUAGAACAGUGAAAGGCAGCAUUAGGACCGUAUGCCUUGUCAGUUCACGUUCAUGCACACGCUAAUGUGCAGUAGCGGAUAGGAUGAUUCCUAGUUGUCACGGAGACCGACAAAUGUGCCAAAUCAGUUUUUGAAAUGAAGAAUUGCUUUUGUCAUGGAAGGCUGUCACAUCUGCCUGGCAUAUUUUUCUCAUUUCAUCAUAUUAUUGAUAAAGAUGAGACUCCCUCUGUCUCACAUACUGCUUAUUCCUGAAAGAAAAUAGAUAGUGCUAUGCCUCAGAGAAAAGAAUGAAAACAAGGUUGAAAGGACCGUUCAAGGAUAGAUAGUUCACAAUUCUCUUUCCAGGCAACACUUCAACACUAAUAAACUCUAGAACAUAGGGGAUUUGACUGUUUCAAUUGUAAUCGUUCAAUUGUAGCCCCACAUUGAAAUACCCACUGGUGAAAGGAUGUGAUAUUGUUUCAUGGAAAUUGAAUUCCAGUUGCUAUUUCCUUUGUGUGUAUGUGAUGAAGCUGUACAUUUCGCUUGCUCUCCUUCUUUCUUUACUUUUGGAGUAAAAAUAAUGUAUAUUUCAACUCUCCUGACUUGUCAUUCCUAAACAACUGUUAUAUUUUUCAAUAAAAGUGAAGUUGGACAUUUUCUAAAUUCCAGUGUUGAAACUG